GUAUAAAUGUAACUUUACGUUUGAAAAUAGGUUAGGGGUGGUGUGCACCAUAAUUCUAAAAUCCGGACCAGAUCGGCCAAGUUGGAUCGUAAACUAGCGAACCGAUGGUCCAACCGAUUCAGUUCUUUGGACCGCAAUCAACUUCAAGCUAGUGUGAACCGCUGUGGACCAGAUGAGACUGGCACUUUUACCUCCUUGCCCAUGAUAUAGAGCAUCUCCCAAUCACCUUGCCAAAUACUUGCUGGUUUUCUUUUUUAAUUAUCUCCAUUUUGGAUUGUGUAAUCUCCCCCCAAGAGUUACUGGUUCUUUCUUGGGAAAACUGAGUCUUCCUACUCAUUCUUGGUUGCUGAUUUCCUGACUCAAGCUGCCCACUGAACCAGUUCAUCGAAGGUGAGCUUCUCUAAACCACCCACUGUUGUUAUUCAUUCUUUUUCACAUUUAUACCCUUCUUUUCUUGAUUUUUGGUUUUCUUCCCAGUUCCCGCACCUUUAUUCUUGAUUGUAAUGCCGAAAGAUUAGAUUUUGUUGAUUUCAAUGGAGGGCAUUAUUGACUUGCAUUAUAUUCUUCAACCCAGAAUGAGAGAUUGUUAUAGCUUAGCUGUUAUUUGGAAUAGGAAUAGAAAAAAGACUAAAUCUUUACAUAGGGUUCUAUAGAAUUAGUGGAAAGUUGUCGAGUUUGGGAUUAUUUUCUUUUACAUUUUGAAACCAUCCAGCUUUUGUGUUCAGAUAAGAUGAAAUCAUUGGUGAGAUUUGGCAAAUUAUUAGAAGCCUGAUUUGGGUUAUACCUAGCUAGGGUUGAAUUAUAGAAGGGCAUGAGGAAAAAUUCUACUUUGUUGCGAAAUUCGGGUACGUAUACAAGCCCAUCAACACCAGAGUAUGGUGAUAAGCAUGUUGGUGGGAUUCAAAAAGGUUGGUGUUCUGAGCGUGUCCCAUUACCCACAAACAGUAACCGGAGGAAUGUUACUGCAACUGCAUUGAUGCCAUUUAGUAAUAACGGAAGGGCAUUUCCGUCAAAAUGGGAUGAUGCUGAGAGGUGGAUCACUAGUCCAUUGUCGAGCUAUGGAGUUUGCAAGACAUCAGCUGUUCAACCUCACAGGCAUGCCAAGUCGAAAAGUGGCCCCCUUGGAACUCCAGGUCUUAUGUACAUGCCGAAUUUUUCACCAGCAGUUCCCUUUGUUGAGGGUGAAGGAGUUAUCAGUAAUUUCACUGGGAGUUCACCGUUUACAACUGGUGUUCUGGUUCCUGAAGGUUUAUGCAUUCAUUACGGUGCUGCCAUUGAUUCAAAGGCCAAUUCUAUGUGUGCUGAUAAAAGGAUUGCUCGAGCUUGUAGUGUGCCGGGUCUAUCAGAUUUGUUGAGCGAAGCCUUCUCGUUACCAAGCUCUCAAGAUGAUAAGCUUGAUAUGGGGAAGGUUGCAGAAACGGACGAUUUGCAUGUGGUUUCAAGGAGAGAUAUGGCAACGCAGAUGAGCCCUGAUGAGAGUACCCAUUCCUCUCCCAAAGAACGCUUGUCAUUGUGUUCCUUUCCUCUCCCAAUCCCCAUAGCCGAUGAACAGAACAAACACUUUCCUAAAAUGGAAAUCAGAGAUGUACAAGUGGACAGAGGUGACUCCGUUUCCAACCACAGAUCAAGAAAACUGGAGAAAGGGUCACCAAAUGCCAUUGACUCGUCACUUUGGAACAAUGUUGAUGCGACAACAAGAAGUGUAUCAAAGGAGGAAGCUAGGAUCAGUGCAUGGGAGAAUUUGCAGAAGGCAAAAGCUGAAGCAGCAAUUCAAAAACUGGAGAUGAAGCUUGAGAAGAAGAGGUCGGCGUCUAUGAACAAGAUUUUGAACAAGCUCAGGUAUGCCCAGACAAAAGCCCAAGAGAUGAGGGGUGCGGUUUCUGAAAAACACAACAAAAAGGCUUCAAACAAAGCUGUGCCCUUUGGGAAGCGUUUUAAGGUCUCGUUUGGCAGUUGUUUUUCUUGCCAUACCGUUGCUUAGAUCCGGCUCUCAAACUUCUUCAACACUAUUCAUUCUUAGUGAGAUAUGUUGCAGGUAGCCCACAUCAGUAUGUGUCUCAGGUUUUUGUACCAAUUUUGUAUAAAGGAACUGAUCUGUGUACAUCAUGAGACCAUCAUGAAUAUGAUAUUGGGGAACUUGUUGUGUACCAUCUGACCCUUAGAGCUCUUAAGGUGUGUUUGGUUCAGGGGGUAGGAUAUGGGAGGGAAGCUAAUUAUGGUCAAAGAUGAACAUUAAAAUAAUUACUCCAUA